UGAAAGGACACGCCCACCCCUCAGUUCAGCAUAGGCACGGAGCAGGGAAGGUGUCUCUGCAGCUCUGAUGUAUUUACAAUUGUAAGAGAAAUUAAGCCUCUGAUUUCCCUGGCUUCCUUUCUCAUGUAGCUCUGCCUCAGAUACUGAAGAAAUUUAUGUGAUCGCUAGUCUCGUUGUCUUCACAUUUCACCAAGCUGUCUGCCUCCCCUCUGGAUCGCUUCUGCCCUUUAUCCCCAGCCCUACAAAAUGCAUGCCCGUUUACUCUCUGAUCUACAAGCACAUGUAAGACGGUAUGGAUGGCGUUGUGUGUGCACUCCUCACCGUGCAACAUCCACGGAGGUACAAUCAUUGCCUCCUCGUGCCCAAGUGGUCAUCUGUGGAGGAGGAAUUAUGGGUGCAUCAGUUGCAUAUCAUCUCUCAAAGCUAGGCUGGCAUGAUGUCUUGUUGUUGGAGCAAGGAAGGUUGGCUGCUGGCUCCACCCGUUUUUGUGCUGGAAUGGUAAGCACAAUCAAGCACAUUUCUAUAGAAACAGAGAUGGCUGACUACUCAAAUAAACUUUAUCAACAGUUGGAAGGGGAAACAGGAGUUGCAACUGGCUACAAAAAAAUGGGCUCCAUUACACUGGCUCAGACACAAGAUCGCUUGAUAUCAUUGAAACGUAUUGUGUCCAGGCUAAGGAUGAAGGGUAUUCCCUGCGAGAUUAUUACACCAAAACAUGUUGCAGAACUCCAUCCUCUGAUUAACAUUCAUGAUCUGGUUGGGGCUAUGUAUGUACCUGAUGAUGCUGUGGUGUCAACUGCAGAUGUGACCCUAGCAUUGGUAAAUGCUGCGCAACAAAAGGGGGUGAAAGUCCAUGAACAUACAACAGUCAACCAUGUGUUGGUGGAGAAAGGUCACGUGAGUGGGGUAGACACAGACCGGGGGCAGGUGGAAUGUGAAUACUUUGUCAACUGUGCAGGGCAGUGGGCAUAUGAGCUGGGCUUGUCUAAUGAAUCGCCUGUCAGCAUUCCACUUCAUGCCUGUGAACACUUCUACCUUCUGACCCAGCCUUUACAACACCCUCUAGAAGAUAAUGUUCCAACUGUAGUGGACCCGGAUGGAAGGAUAUACAUUCGCAACUGGCAGGGAGGAAUCCUUUCUGGGGGGUUUGAGAAGAAUCCCAAGCCAAUUUUCACUGAAGGUCGAAACCAGCUGGAGAUCCAGAACCUACAGGAGGACUGGGAUCACUUUGAGCCUCUGCUUACUGCUUUGCUACGCCGGAUGCCAUCUCUGGAAGCGCUGGAAAUCCUGCGACUGGUUAACUGCCCUGAAGCAUUCACCCCAGAUAUGCGCUGUGUGAUGGGAGAGAGCCCCACCCUGCUACAUUAUUUCACCCUUGCUGGCAUGAAUUCUCAGGGGUGCUCUUUGGGUGGGGGUGCUGGCAAAUUUCUUGCAGAGUGGAUGGUCUUUGGGUAUCCACAAGAUAACGUGUGGCCUUUAGACAUAAAGCGAUUUGGGGCUCUCCAGAGCAGCCGCACCUUCCUGAGACAUCGAGUCAUGGAGGUUAUGCCUCUGAUAUAUGACUUGAAGGUGCCACGCUGGGACUUUCAAACAGGGCGACAGCUCCGAACGUCUCCACUCUAUGAUCGGCUGGAUGCACAGGGAGCACGAUGGAUGGAAAAGCAUGGGUUUGAGAGGGCAAAGUACUUUGUUCCUCCUGGGAAAGACUUGUUGGCACUUGAUCAGAGCAAGACCUUCUAUAAACCUGACUGGUUUGAUAUUGUGGGUUCAGAGGUGAAGUGCUGUAAAGAGGCUGUGUGUGUCAUAGACAUGUCCUCCUUCACUAAAUUUGAGAUCAGUUCCCCUGGGGAGCAGGCUCUGGACACUCUACAGUACCUUUUCUCAAAUGAUCUUGAUGUUCCUGUGGGACAUAUUGUUCAUACUGGGAUGCUCAACGAGAGAGGAGGAUAUGAAAAUGACUGCAGCAUAGUGCGGCUUAAUAAGCGCAGUUUCUUCAUGAUUUCCCCUACAGAUCAGCAGGUCCACUGUUGGUCCUGGCUGCGGCAGCACAUGCCCAGUGACAGUGAUUUAUUCCUUGAGGAUGUGACCUGGAAAUACACAGCUCUUAACCUGAUAGGCCCCCGUGCUGUUGAUGUGCUCUCUGAGUUAUCCUAUGCUCCGAUGACGUCUGAACAUUUUCCAUCUUUGUUUUGCAAGGAAAUGAGUGUGGGAUAUGCCAAUGGGAUCCGGGUUAUGAGUAUGACACAUACUGGAGAGCCUGGCUUCACACUGUACAUCCCCAUUGAGUAUGCUCUACAUGUUUAUAAUGAACUUAUGAGUGUUGGGCAGAAGUAUGGAAUCCGAAAUGCAGGUUAUUAUGCCCUGAGAAGUCUGCGCAUAGAGAAAUUUUUUGCCUUUUGGGGCCAGGACCUGGAUGCCUUCACCACCCCACUGGAAUGUGGGCGAGAGUUCAGGGUUAAGCUAGAUAAGGGCUAUGAUUUUAUAGGCCGGGAGGCCUUGCUGAAACAGCGUGAAGAGGGGAUAUUCAAGCGCUUUACUAUGUUCAUACUGGAGGACCACGAUACGGACCUAGACUUAUGGCCCUGGUGGGGUGAGCCAAUCUAUCGCAAUGGAGAGCAUGUGGGCAAGACCACUAGCAGUGCAUACAGCUAUACACUUGGCAGGCACGUGUGCCUGGGGUUUAUACAUAGCAACCAGCAACCUAUUACCCCUGAGUUUAUUAAUCGAGGAGAGUAUCACAUUGAUAUCGCAAGCCAGAAAUUUAAGGCUAAAGCCAAACUGUAUCCAUUCAGUUCUCUGUUCACUUUGAGACGCAGGAAAGAUGAAAUGGAUAUUGGAUUUUAAUACAAGAGAUCUGGGACCCUGAGAAACUGAAAUAUUUAAAAUGGGAGGACUAUAAAUGGUAACAUUCAAGGCAAGGAGAAAUGUUAUGGAAAUAUUCUGAUACAAUGGACUGAGUGCUUAGUCAGAAGAAGAGGAAUCAAGCUUGACAGUAGGAAAUAAAUUCAAAAGCAAUCCUGAAGCCUUCAUUUAGAGAGCUAACAAGCAACUGAAAUCUCUCUGUUAAAAUAAACUUGCUGGUAAUUAACUUUUUUUUGGGAAACGUUUCGCUCCAGCUCUUGGUUUUGUACAAUUGUUUUCCCUAUUUAAAUGCUUUUAGGUUUUUAGGCAUUUGAGCUGCUCGCUUCCUGAGAAACCAUCCUGCAGGGCGGUACAGUGUAUACAUUGAAACAGUGAAUUCCCUAACUUUGCUAUUCUUAGGGGCACAUUUACUAACCCACGAAUCCGAAUCCGAAUUGGAAAAAUUCCGAUUGGAAAACGAACAUUUUGCGUCUUUUUCGUAUUUUUUGCGAUUUUUUUCGGCGCCUUUACGACUUUUCGGAAAUUGUCGCGACUUUUUCAUUACCAAUACGAUUUGCGCGAAAAAACGCGACUUUCUCGUAGCCAUUACGAUGCGCUCGUAUCUUGUGCUAAUGGGACAAAGCUAAAACACACUAAGGACAGAGUUCUCCUUUACGCUGUUUAGUGAGCCUUUAAAUCUUGAUUAGGAAACCUAAGCAAAUGAUUGAUCCCACUCUGUAAUCUAUUGUCAAGAAAUGUUUUGAUGUUCUUUUUAAAAUUUUAAAUAAAUGUUUUCUUUUACUUUGGGAGAAGGUAUUAACAAUUCCCAGGCUUUGCCAAACCUUGGAAAAAUAGUUGAGAUUCAGUUCAGUUGACUAUAAUGUGGGUGCAUCUGCCCUAAUUAUCUUUCAUACGUACAUAUUUACAGUAAAUCCAGUUCCUUUGUUAGCAGAGAAUACAAUGACCCUUCCAUACUAAGGCAGACUAAUCAUUCUGACUACAAUAAACAAAACUUGUGUUGAACAUAUGUGUUUAUUCUUUAAAUUAAAAAUCCAUGUUUUCCUUUUUAUUUGUUUUUUAUUUUUUUGUAUUACAAACUACUAACGUGUCAUGUUUAACCCUUUCUACUCCUCCCCCUUUAAUUAGGAAAGUUUGCUUAUAGAGAAUAGAGAAAAUGAGUUCUGUAUAAACAAACCACUGCUUUCUCAGCUGUAGGUUAUGUUUUUACAGAUAAGAAGUGGAUUAUACCAGGGGUUUAUCUGUGGACUGGCAAUUAUUACCUUUUCUUCCUCCCACAAUUGUUCUGAAGGACCGGGAAAUGCAAAUAGUUUGUUUUUUACUGUCUGCCCCAUUUAGGACAUAACUAAUGAAACCAGUAGGGAAACAAAUGUUCAUCACAAGCCCUAAGCAUUGAACUCAUAAACACAAUGUCUUACUGCCAAGGAUUUGGCACAGCUCUUACUAAAGUAAAACUAUACUCUCUCUUGUACUUUGUUUGCCCUUGCCUUGUUCAUAUAAAAAUAGGGCAUUAUUAAAUAGGCAAAUCAAUUUCCCAUUUUUGCUUUACACACGUUAGUAGCAGUUGCAAUGCAGUUUUGACUGAUGUGUUUAACAUUUACUGACACAGAACAGCAGCCUCAGUACUUAGAAGGUAUUGUGUCUGUUCUUGUCUACGGGAUUUAUGUUAAACAUGACAACUCCUUUACAACUAUGCAGAAAAUUUUUAUCCAAGUUAUAUAGCAAAUCGUACCAUAUAUUGUCCAUUUAAUAGAAAUUAGACUGAUCUAAAUCAGACUUAUUGGGGCUUUGGUAUGUUAGAUGGUUAAAUUGCGGUCUCUCAGGGACAACAACUGGGCCCUGACCCACCAGUGGCCACUUUAUGGUAAAGCUUGGUGCCAUCCAAUUUUGUUGUGAUGCUAGAUUAUUAUGUUAGUCAAACAGGUCUUAGGAGACCUGGGGCAAGCUAGGGGCCAUAAAUAUCUUUUGGAGGGCAACAUCCCACCCACAAGGUUCCAGUUGGUCCUGUUGUGGCUAAUUGGAAGUACAUUAAUUGUGCAAGCUUGUUAGAAUACCAAAACAACACUUGUUGUAUUGUCCAGUGACACUUGCUGUAAGCAGCAUCUUCCCCAUUGGCUGGAAAGGGAAGCCGCUCAAUGAAGUAUGGAACAUUUUGCUUUCAACAGUUUUCCCUGUGAGAACCACAGCAAUUAAAACACACAUGCACCACUGCCCUUAUACUCCAUUGCCAAUUCGAUAACCACUGUAAUGGUUUUUAUGUCUAAUAUUGUAAUGUUUUGCACAGCUCAGUUAUUAUGCUCACCAGUUAGUUCUGACUUCAAGCACAGUAUUUCUGCUGUUAGGAGGAGUCCAGGAAAUGCAUGACUUGUAGUAACAAAAUAUGGUAUAAAUUGUAGGCCAAUGUUUAUAAGACUUUUUAUCAAUAUUGUAUAUAUGACAAUAAAAUAAUUGUACAUGACAUUGUA